UUGGGACAUACUUGUAAAAGCACAUAUUAAUAAAAACGACACUCUGGACACCUUCUGUGUGAAGUUACAAUCAAGCUCAAUCUAGAAUGCUAAAAUACAAAAACUGAAAAUGACUGAGAAUAUUUGUAUGCAGCUUAAAACCACCAAAACAUGCUUUUCGGAAUUAGUACAAAGGUCUUGCAUCUCAUCACCACUAACGGCUUGAGUACUUAACUUUCCCAAAGGAACAUAACUGCAUAAUUCCAUAACUUCUACCAUAUGUACAGGUAGACAUGAAUAUUCAGAAAAUCCCAAUACAUUAACUUCAGUAAGAAAACCAUUUAGUUAAAAAAAAGACCAAAGCAUUAUGCAUAUAAAUAAAAUCAGUUUUAAUCAUAAUGACGUGUUAUGCCUGUGUAAAAUAUUCAGCUAAUGUCAUUCAGCUAAUGAUCAAAAUUAAUGCAUAAACAAUAAAAGUGCUAUUGUUUACACACACAAUUUGUUUGGAAAGCACUCUAUACAUAUCUGCAGUUAUAAAUCAUGUCACCCAACACGCUGAGUAUUCAAGAACACUCUUACCUUUGCGGAAUUAGUUUCUUUGGCUUAUAAAAUACUUCUAUGUCUGAAUACGUAUUUUAAAAUGCUGUUGAGGUGACUCCUAUUUAACCAAAGUAAAGUUAUGUACUGUAAGAGGAGAACACGGUCACAAGCUUUUAUACUAUGUUUGUCUUGCGGCCCUGUUCUUAUGCUACCUUCGCGUACGACGCCUACACUUCCUCCUGUCAUCAGGUAUAAUUUAAAAGAAACAUACGCGGUUUGAAAAUGAUUGCUGCCACAUACAUGUAAUUGAAACUUUUCAAAAAAUGUUAAUGUUUAGCUUUCCAAAUUUACACACUUGCAUACACCCUGCCUCUGCUUCAUGUAAAAUAGUAUACACCGCUACCAAUGCCACCACAUCAUUCUCAAACCUCACACCACCCACAAAGUAUAGCCUCCUGUCAGAAAAUGCACACACAACUUUGAUUAACUUAUACUUUCUUGUCUUUUUUGUCGCAUUUGAAGAGAAAGUGGUGUGAGGCAUUGUAGAACUGAUAUUGACCCUGGGAUAUUUUAAUCCGGGUACUGUCAUGGCCUUGAACAAAAUUAGGGACAAUGACUGUAUCUAUAAAAGUGCAACUUUUUAAAUGCACCAUAUGCAAUCUGUGCAAUUAAUCUAAUGUAAUUAUGGAAGAGUGAAACGGUAAUGAUCAUAUGUUUCUUGUGUUCUUUUUUUCAGAAAAUGUCCUUCGAAAGAUAACACACACACACACACACACACACAUUCUCGUCUUGUAUACCGCUUCUCGGAAAACCAUAUUUGGUCCACUCGACUGACUUCCUUUGACAUUUCAUGUUCCGGCCUCUCGCUUCUGUCAGUUCCGUGAGAUUUAUUUCUUUCGCACAAUUAGACGAGACCGCACAGCGCCUCUCCCUAUUUCUGCGGAAGUCUUUUCCCCGCUUUAUUCUAAGACUGCGCUCAAAAGAGGAAGCCGAUGAAACGUUGGAACCUUCGCAUGCUUUCCCAACUCGUUUUGGCCGAGACCUGAUUGCAAAAAUUUGGGCGAAAUCAAGGAAUAUGUGGGCCUUUCCGGGAUAAUUACAAAGCGAGCGGCGUUCGCAUCCUGCAAUUUAUCCCCGAGGACGAGCUAUGGAAUGCUGGCGGGACGGCUGAGGUUUCAUCUCGGUAGGAUGUGGCUGUCACAGAAGGCCCAGACGAACACAGCUAACGCAAGCCUGCGGGGUACACGGAGACCUCGCGCUUUGUGAACUCACAUCGCCUAAAAUAUGUGAUUUCAUAUUCAUCCUGAGCGUACAAAACUUCUUGUUCUUACGCAAUGUUAUUGUUUAUUUAAAAUCAUGUAAGAGAAAAGGGCGGCUUGGCUAUACUCCUCUUCUUAGUUUUAGUUCAUUCUUUGGCCAAAAACUACAGAUUUUCUUGAAAAAUCUCUUGGUAAAGGCUCAGAACAGCAGCCCUCUCUCUCAUUCUAAAUCCGAAGUUCAAAUUUCACAGAUGUUUUCUUCCGCAGCGUUUGACAGCUUCCCUGUGGUUUGUGUAGGCUCUGCGGCAGAGCCGUGGGUGGAAAGCGGACUGAUACAAUAUUUUUCAGCGUAUGUCCAAAGACAACAGACGUGGAUGCAGUGAAAGUUUUAAUAAACUCUAAGAUCCAUUUCAUAGUACAUUUCUCAUUAAACAAUCUGAGACGCAAUGCAAUCACACUUCAAUUAUUCCUUAAAAUAAUCCAUUCCUUUACCUCAGCAGUCCAUUGCAAUUGUUUAUAGAAUGUUUACUUUCCUUGUGGUACAGAUGGCAAAUCUAUGUAAAGUUACUCUGAAAGACCAUAUUGAUGUAAUAUGAAAGUAAUAUGGCAAUUAGUAAUAAAGAAAUAAGUAAGCAUGACUCAUGGACAUGGAAAAGGGCAUCUGGCAUACCAAUAAAAGUGGUAAUAAUAACUCUUGUCUGGCCGUUUUCUCAUUAUCACAGAAGUUUCUGAAUCCACACAAGUUGCUUUUCUCAUUAGAGGUAAAAAGUAGGCCAUCAAAGUGUCAGCAGGUUUCCCCAUAUGUCUGAGUGUGCAUAUGUGUGUGUGUGUGUGUGUAUUCAGUAGUGUGUAGGUACUCUUGAGUUGUUGAUUCAGAGAGCAAUACACUAUGCCAAUGCUUAUGAGACAUUUUGAUACCUACAUUAAAUAGCUGAUGUAAAUACACUCACACGGCCUUGGAUGAACCUGGAGGCUGCAGUUUUAUUAUAAGUAUAGUCUGUGUUUGUUCAAUAGCGAGUGUCAAAUGAGUGGACUGUGAUGUCUUUCUUCGGAAGCUACGCUCAGACCACAUUUCGUUUGCACAUAUCCUUGGCUAUUUUUGUUUAUGUCCAGCAGGUGGGGCUAGAAUCCAACACCAGACACCUGGGGAAGCUCACAUCGGGUUGCAUCAGCAGGUAGUGACCAUCCACGUUUGUCAUUUUCAGCUCAAUGAUUACACUAGUUUGUUACUUCAAUGCUUGCUCGUUCCAUAGCCACAUGCCUCAGGAACCUGAAUACAACUUUAUAGCUGGGUGCAUUCCUUUCUAAAUCACUGAAAUCUGGAUAAUGUGAACUUGAACUUGAUGUGUUGAUUAGAUUAGCACAGAGGUACAGUAGAUAGCACUAUUGCCUCACAGUAAGAAGGUCCUGGGUUAGAAUCUGGCCUGGGCCUUCCUGCAUGGAGUUUGUGUGUUCUCCCUAUAUCUGUGUGGUUACUCUAGGCUACUUGGAGAGCCAUAGAUACUGUAUGAGUGUGUGAAUGAAUGGUGUGUGUGCCCUGCGAAUGAUUGCCGACCUGGCUAGGGCAUGUUCCACCUGUCACCCAGUGCAUGCUGGGAUAGGCUCCAGUCCCCCCACAUGAUCGUGACCACGAAUAACUAGGUUAGAUAAUGAAUGGAUGGAUAAUGGAUGGAGUUCACGGAAUGCAACCAGCAGUUUAUUUUGAACAUCCUGUAACAAAUAGAAAAUCUAUUGGAUUCCACACUGAAAUAAACUAGUAAUUCAAAUGCAUAGUGUCAAAGACACUCAGUUAAUCACAUAUAAUCACUUGGCAUGUAUUCUAAACAUGUUUCCCUUAAAUCUCUUAAGAGAAUGAAAAAAGUCCCUGGUACACUAUUUUCUUUUAGCAUUUUACAGGGUUUUACGUAUAGUACAAGGAAGCUAUAUACUAUACAUGGAGUGUGUAAUACUAUCACUGAGCUACUGAACCGGUGUUUUGCAGUUAACUGUCCACAUCUCGGCAAUUAAGUGUGUUAUGUCUGUGCCGAGGCUGGAAUAAUGAGGUCAUUAGCAGACGUGUAUAAUUAACUUAUGAACCAGAAGCCUUUCUCUGACUUCACUAACCCGAACCACCGUGGACCGUGUAAUUACGCAUUCCUCCAGGCACCAAAAGGGCUAUUUAUCUCUGUGCUAAUCACUGCAUAUCCAGAUGCCCCGGCAGACAUAAAACCACGCGUGAAUGGCUGAGGAAAAGUGGGUACAUCCUGAGGUGAUCGCAUCACAGGAAGUAGCCGAGAUUCCUCAGUCGAUUCACGCGCAGAUCUCACGCCGUGAAUGUACACGCUCACUCUUACAACAACAAGGGGGAAUACCUCAGUAUUGGGCCGCACCCACCGAACAUGCCCGCGUUCGGGAGGCAUUGUGUGGGCUAGACAAUGCUGUUGACCUUCUGAACGAUGGACGACUCGCUCUGCGGAACGCGGGUCACAGGAGGUCUAGUGAUCUCAUCAGACGUGUCACUCGCACCAAAGCCUCGAAUCUCACUGAGAUGUCAGGUGCACAAUGGCCCCAAAUUUACUCUGUCAUCCUGCAUCGACAGCACAUCACACAUAUACAAUGACCAUAUUUACUUAACCGUAUUUACUUGCCCUGAUGGGGAGAAGCGCAGAGGGGGUAAUUUGAGGAAUUACCAAUGAGACAAAUGGGAUUUCUUCUGAAAGACGCCUUUGUCUGGAUCCACAGCUGCACGUAUUGGUCAAUCAUCAACAGUAAAAUGCCAACUGUAUAAAAAGGUGUGAUCGUAUCACAGUCCGCAACAUAUCUCCAUUCUGGACUUCAGCAAAGACUGGAAAUAAGUCAGACUGUAUCAUGAAGUGCAUCAUCUUCAUCGUCUUAGCUGCGACCAUUCUCCAUGUGAGUAUGUGCUCUAAAUUAGCACUGAUCACAGGCUUGAAUGGCGGACUGGUGGCUGGUCUGAACCCCGGGCUAAUCCUGGGCGGAGUUAACCCAGGGCUGGCGGUAGGUGGAAUCAACCCUCUGAUCGCAGGUGGGGGUGUGAUUGCACAGCCCCCGUUUGCCCAGGUCCUUCCUGGGGUCCCCACAUACCUGCAGUCCCCCUUUGUCCCGAGGUUUGGGUACCCUCAGUUGGGGUACCCUCAGAUGGGGUACCCGCAACUGGGGUACCCCCAACUGGGGUACCCGCAGCAGCAGCAGUUCCCCAGACAGCCUGGUUUCCCUGCUAAUGGGGGAUCUGUGCCACCAAAUAACUUUGGAGUUCAACAAGGAGUGCGUCCUGGCCAGCAGCAAGGGAUGGGACAGCCUUACUACAUGGGUGUGCAACCGCAAAAUCCCAUGGGAACUCCACAAGGAGUGAAUCCCAUUCAACAGCAGGUCAUGGAAACGACUGGCAGACCUUGGAAUGGCAACCAGCAGCCUGGGCCUGCGGAGACUGGGCCAAUAAGGAGGUACAGGCGAGCACUUCCUCUCAAGUUUCCUGGGAGGGCCUGCGCACGGGCGCGAAAUGAGGACCCCUCGGAGAUAGCCCCUACCCCAGCUCCUACUGAACUGCAACCUGUUCCAAGACUGCUUAAGAUGGAUUAAGCCUCCAGCAGUUUUGACGGAAGUACCUUUGAAACAACUUCACAGCACAGAAGAAUAUGUGAAGGCUUGCCAGAGAGAUGUAUUCCUCCUUCACAGAAGCUGAAAUAACAGCAUGAAGACUUAAUUUUAACCUUAAUAAUAAUAUAAUCUCUUUAAACCCAAUGUUGUUGGAGAAAUGCUGCCCUUUGUUCUUUUUGUACAAGAAAAAAACACACAUGACAUUGUGGUGCAUUUGCACAUUUUUGAAGGACGCAAUAAAGUUUUAUGUUGAAUAACAAGAAAGGUGUGAACUGCCCUUGAUAAAUGAUCUUUUGAAGUUUGAAAUAUACUCACUUUGUGGAUAUCAAAAAAAUAAAUGAUGACCCUUAUGUGUC